AGUUUUUAGUAGUACUUCUCCUGAUGAGCCAAACAUAUUGACUCUUUUCAUCAACGCGAUGUCCGACGUCAAGAUGUCACGUACUUCCGACCGGUACAUCUUUUCGCGUGAUUAUCUAACCGUUAAAGUGUGGGACAUGAACAUGCCCAGUGUCCCGGUGGAAGUUCACCCAGUCCAAACACAACUAAGAGAUCACCUGGGCGUUUUGUACGAAUCAGAGUUAUUAUGUGACGAUUUCAAGCUAACCGUUUCUUCAGACGAUCGAUUCGUCGCCUCUGGAUCGUACAAUCGGUCGGUUAAAGUUUUCGACCGACAUACUCACGAAAACUCUGAGUACAGCUUAGUGAUGCAGAAGGAAGAACUCAGUCCUUUCGUCGACCCCUUCAGUGCACCAGUAGAUCCUGGCCUCUUCGCCUUUUCUUUGGCAGACUCUGCCGAACUUCCAUGGCCUCGGCGCAUCGUUGAAGAAAAAGAUACCGGCGCUCUUGGCUCUCUCGGUUUUGACUACUCUUCAGAGUGUGGGAAAUUCGGGAUUGACGUCGGUUGCAAAUGGUUACAAGUCAGCUGGCGGCCUGGGUCCUAUGUGUUUGCAGUGAGUCAUGCUGAUGGCAUCCAUCUGCUGGAAGCUUUGUGCUAGCGCGUCUUUCUCGCCUCAAGAUUUGGCGACUGCAAAUAUCUUCGUGAUGUCGUAUACAGUGUCGUAAUUGGCCCCUUUUCCUUGACUUUAAUCAGGUCUGUCUCACUUUGUUUACAGUGCAUGCUUGAACUUCUUCAAAGAUGAAGAUGAUAUUUUUUUAAUUCUCCUUCAGCAUGAGAUGAUAUAGAUGUAUUUCAUCAACUAUCAAACUAUUCUCCUAUCCGUAUUUUUGUGCCAAACGUUUCUUCUGAAUUCUUCUAUUUCAUUCUUUUCAAAAUCACAGGUCGACGAUUCCCCGUUUCUCACACGGAAUUACUUUGUAUGUCGUUAUUGUGGUUUUUUGCUCCCCCGCUUUUACUUCAUUAUUUUCUUCCUUAACAGGGCUCAGAUUUUUAAUUGCUUUUUCUUGUGUGCUUGUGCAUACCCCCUUUUCCUUCUACGACGUAUGGGCCGAACUACCGCUCUUAUACGUAUUCUUCCCUUCCACUUAACCAGUUUGCAGAUUUCUGUGAUCUAUGAAAUCCAAUGUAAAUGUGACUUGUCGUUGUUCUCCAGCCAUUCCGUCGAUUGCC